GUACAGGCUUAUACAAAUGUACAUAUGUCUCUUUACACAAAAAAAAAGUUUGUGCAUAUUAACCCAAACCUAUACAUGUGGUGCGGUUGACAAGCAGGAGAGUCUUUGACAGACUGCGGUGGAGGUCGGACGCUAAACGUGGACGUUGUUAAAAUUCUUUGCCAAAUACAUAAUUUCUUUCGCUUGUGAACAUUAAAUACAUAUCUUGCUUAAAAUAUAUAUGUAACUUCUUAUUUACAUUAAAUAAAAUACCACAUUUGGGGGCUCAACCGGGAUUUGUGCCAGUGGAAAAGACAAUUAUUUAAGCGAAAACCGGUUUCUAUCACAAAGCGAACGUAGGUGGAAGUAGAAGAAAAAUAACAACUAUAAAGGUGACGAAGGCGAGUAAGCAAAAUCUGCUGAUACUAAAGAGGCUGUUGCUAUCAGCUAAGCAGAAAAAACAACUGGAUGGAAGUUGAUGGCGUGAUAUAUCGUGACAAAUAUUAGUUUUUAUUGUAAUAACUGGAAUAAGAUCACGCGUUGUGGACAGUACUGAAGUGAAGCUAAGCGGUGCACUGGUAAAACGGAAUCCUACAGUAAGUCAGUCGAGCUAGCCAAUUCGAUUUAUUCGGUCGCAUAAUGAGUGCCAGAAACAGGCGAUUACAACGAAGUGAGAGUGCGGUGGACGUAGACAUUAUCGACGAUCCCGGUACAAUGCGAUUUACUGUGAAUGAUGUCGAGAACAUAGUGAGGAAAUACUCCGGCGAAGACACUGUUCUUGUAACUGCAUGGAUCGACGAAUUCGAAGCAUACGCAAAUGCAUUUAGGUGGAAUUCUUUGCAAAAAUUUGUGUUUGCUAAAAGGUCCCUUACGGGCGCAGCAAAAUUAUACAUCGAAUGCGAAGUUAAACCGAUUUCAUAUAACCAGCUGAAAAACGCUCCUACCCAAGAGUUUCAGUCAAAAUUGACGAGUAGCGACGUACAUAAAAAACUGCGCGAGUCGAGAAAAGGCAAAAGCGAAUCUUGUCGUGAAUUUUUGUAUAGGAUGCUUGACAUAGCUGGUCAGGCAAACGUGGACAACCUAUCAGUUUUUCAUUA